AUGAAGACAAACCUCUCAGACAUCACCAGCUCUCUGGACUCAAUUGAAGGUUCUUCAGAGAGAGUGGAUGAGCAACGGCUUUCAAAGACUGGCUAUAUGUAUCAAGGAAGUGAUUAUUUCUCCAGGGUCGUAAACGAGGUAGAGGUAAUGCAGAGGACCACUCAGGCAUUGCGACGUAAGCGGAUGUGCUGGGCUCACGUUCCCGAGCUCUAUGAUGUCUCCUUUGCUUGCGGUUCUGGAAAGAAAUACUGUCGCCGACCGAUUCGAAACCGCAAACCUAAAGCUUUGGCUCCUGACCUCCAGAACGGGCCCCUCGAUAUGGGCAUUAGAUGCAUACAUAGACGAGUUGGUAUGCUGAGCUUCGGAGGUCAAAACAUUGCCCUAUUUCAAGACGAGACCUACGUCCGCUCCUCAUCCACCUCGUCAUCAGUCCUUUCGAAACGGUGCACAACAUGCCAGAGAUCGUCCAACGACGUCUUCCAGACGAGGCUCAGACGUAGCAUCUCGCCAACUCGACCACGAGGUAAAAGGCCUCUAGCUUCUCAUAGGCCCCGGAAACCGAUUCUCAACGUAUGUAUCGAAAUGGCCUCUUUCCUUCUAGACCUACCGCAUCCCGUCAUGGUCCGUCCUCUUCCAUCGGCACCCUUCCCUAGAAAGGACGGCAGAAUACCAUUAACGACUUCGUCCAUCAUUUAUCGCUUAGGCCAUUUCCGCAUCAAUUCCUCUGAUAUCGGACACAUGUCGAUACCUGUCCAAGCAGCAACAAGCUACAUGGCUCAAGUAACCCCCCUAAGACUGACCCGUUCUCAGAAAACAUCGUCACGACCAACGUCCCAAUUUCAGCCUUGUCCAAUCCCAGGGUUCGCCGUCGAAGUCGAUCGAGUUCUUCGAAAUAAAAGUCGUCCGCCUCGCUCCAAUCGUAUCCCCUCACCAUCUCUCCUCUUGUUGACACCUCAAACCUCUACCCUUCCCAGUCGGCCAACAGCAUCCAUCAUACUUUGCACCAGGCAAAGCCAGUCUCCCAUGCCAUCCACUCAACCUGAAUCCCGGCCCGUAUAUCCAAUUGCCUGUUGUCGUCGUCGUCGUCUUCGUCGUCGCCGUCGUCUUCGUGCUUACCGUAUGAUCCUCAUUCAUCCCGGGGCGAUGGAAAAGCCUGGUCCUUCAUCGCGAUUCAUAUAG